UGACAAAACAUUUGAGUGAAAGCAGUUAGCAAAUGAAUGUGACUAAACUAAAGGCUGAAAUGAUGUUUAAUUGGUGAAUUUUACCCAUGUUUGAUUACAUUUUGAUAGACUAUUGUAAGAAAAAUGUCAAUACAAAAAUAAUUACAACUUACAAGUAGUUAGUGUCAGUGUUAAAUGUUAAUUUGCACUGAAGUUGUACCGCUGUGUGAUGGUUGGUACUGGUACUCGGUGGUAGUGGUGAGAGGCCACUAAGAAAAUGGAACAACAACCAGAAAGUAAAACAGUCUCAAGUAAGAAAAAGGAAAUGGAAAACACCAAAAAUUAUGGGGGUAUAAGGAGAUCUGCCACCUUGCCAGCUCCACGCAGUAAUAUUGAAGCAAAAUUGAAAGGGGGAAGCAGCUGUCAAUGUUGUCCUUAUGGUUAUCAUAUUGAUGUAGACUUUGUACGUUAUUGUGAAGCACUCUACAACAGCUCCUAUCUAGAUCAAUUAAAACAGCUGAAGAAAGAUAAAAGAAAAGAGAGGAAGUCCAUGGAAGCGUACUUGAAUCGACUGGAAGCUGCUACCAGGAUAACAGGGAAGAAACACAGUAGCAAGUCACAAAAAAUUGAUUCAACUCCACAGCAAGCACCACCCCCAGAUUUGUUAGCAACCAAUGAUGCACUGCGAGAUGCUGUUUUGGAUUUUGAGGAAACUCUACUAAAUACCCAGUCUCCAAACUCAUCAACUGAGAACACUAGCUUGAAACCUUCACGGAAAGCAACCCUCCCUGUAGACUUGCUUGUUAAUGCUCCUGCUGCAUUAGUGUUGAGUGACAGCAGCAGCACAACAGACCUAUCUCCUGUCACUCCAACUCAUCCUUCACCUAAGUUUUCAAAAAAUACUACUGAGAAUAUACUUAAACCAAAUGUUGAAGAUUCAACUCUACCAUUACCACUAGGAGAAUUCAGAACUCGAAGUGACUCGGUGAGCUCUGUAUCCUCACAAUCAACUAUUUCCAGCUUUGGGAUACAUAUACCAGAGCUAUCCCCAGUCUCUACUGCCUCUCAACAGAUGGCUGAUACAAUGGCAUCACUAAACACUGCCACAACCCAGUCUCCAAUCACAUCACCUGGAGGAGCAACAAUACCUAAGCCUGUUUUAACAAAUAUUCGUCACCAAAUGGCCACAAGUCUCCAGAGAAUGAGAGAAUUAGAAGAACAAGUGAAAGCUUUGCCUAUACUUCAGGUGAAAUUAUCGGUAUUGAAAGAAGAGAAGAGGUUACUAAUGCUUCAGUUGAAAGCCAAAAGUAAGAAAUUAGACUGUGGAAGCAUUGGAGAUGAGAACAGAUAUACUGUGGAGAGAUCCAAGAGUGAUGGUGAAGAAGAAGAACAAGGAGGUAAAAUUACCUUUUCAAGACAUCAAGACCAAACUGAUAAAUCUCCUCAUAUGAAACAUAAAACAUAUGGUUCUUUAACUUUACAAAGUAGUGGACUGGAGUCUGGUAGUGAUGAUCUUUCUUCUUCAAGUAUGACAGCACUGCUGAAUGCCAGUAUCCCCAGAAGGAAACAUCUGGUAAUUAAUGAUGUACAGCAGAAAUCCUUCAGUGAUCAAGAAGGAAUCUGUAACCGAAGCUUGAUCUAUAGCAAUAUAAGGAACAUGAAAAAUGCAGGAACUAACUGCCUGGUACUUACCAGAGAUGUUGGUGUUGGGCAUGUUCCAGAGAAGGUUCGUUCUGUUGGUAUAGGUGAUGAGAACAUAUGUGUAUCACUGCAACAAGUUUGCAUUAAAUGUAAUCGACGAGAAGAGAAACGAUCCUCAUCGGGCUCAUCAUCCUCUUCCGAAGUUUCAGAGAAUGAGUUAGAGAUUAAGAAAGAUAAGAAGUACUCAUCUAGACCUCGAACACUUAGUUGUAUUAGGUGUCGAGAGCGAUUUAAUAAAAUCUUCCAAACUCGAGGUACCAAUACAGACUUGUACAACAAACUCCAUCAAUUCAAGUUGGAAAAACUGACAUGUGAUGUUCAAGAACAAGUUUCUGUGGCACCACAGAUUCAGCCCUGUCUAAAAUGUGAGGAAAAACGUAUUCAAAAGUUUCAAAGUGUGGCAGUUGGAGAUUCUGUACCAUAUCACACAACAUCAGAAAAUUCUUGUUCUUCUAUGUUGAUUAUCAGUCAUGGUGUUAAUACAGAAACAGCUGCACAGCAAAACAUUGGAACAUGCACUGAAUUAAAAAUGGCUGAUAUACUAACCCAGCAAGAGCUUGGGCCUAAAAAACUAUUCAUGAAGCAUCAAGCUACAAACUGUGUUCCUGCAGUAACUACAUCAGAAGGAAUCCAGGUUUCCCCACCAACUGUCAAAACUAGGGAUGUUUGUAUGCAAGCUGUCUUUAUUGAUAUUCGACAUGUAUGCAUUCAGGUAGACACAACCCUCAAAAAAGAUAGAGGCGUAGGGACAGGGAGAGUGAACAACAUAGUAUGUGAUAAGUGUUGUAACAUUGAAACACAGAGUAUUGGAGUUGGAUCAUAUAACAUACUUGAUGCAGCUUGCCUUCGAUGUUCUAAUUUGCAAGUACAGAGCACAGGUGUUGGGAGUAACUCAAUACUUGAAACAUGGUGUGAAAGAUGUAGAAACACUGACACCAGAACAGUUGGUUGUGGUAGUUUUUCAGUAUUUGAAUCUUUCUGUGAUUAUUGCCAACUUCGUCAGACAGAAACUGUAGGUAUUGGAGACAGUGAUGUUAAUUGUGUGUUAUGUGACCACUGUGCUAAUUUAAAAGUCAAGGAUGCUUCUGUAGGAAACAAUGACAUUAUUCAGAAACAUAGUGUAGGAGUUAACACAAGCACUGACUCUGACCUUCUUCGUCUUUCAAGGGCAACCAGCUUAAAUAGUGUUCGUCUGUGUGAUAAAUGUAAUGCUACUAUUCAGUCUGUUGCACAAGAUGUGGUGGAAAAGAAUAUUUCACCCACCACUGGUUCCCAGCCUCCAGUUCAUUCUUCACGAAUCCCUAGACCUACAGUGUCCACUGCUGCUGAUAGCCAAUUAGUUACUCUGAAGCUAUCUCCUCAGUUAAAAAGCAAAACCUAUACUGAACAGGGAAAUUCAGUAAUUAAGGUACAUAAAGAAUCAUCUUCCCAUGAUUCCAGUUUUCAAAACCCUUAUGCUCGACUGAGUGGUGGCAGAAAGAGUCCAAUAAAGCAGAGUUCAGAAAAAGAAAUGAAAACCAAAAUCUUAAGAGAUAAAAUGAAGGUUGGAAAACCAUCAGGUGAGAGUGAAUCUGACACAACAGAAAGUUCUGAUUCUGAAAGUAGUAGCAAUGUAGAAGACAGUUCUUAUGAAGCUGUUGCAGGAAACAUAAGAAGCUCAUCUCCUAGCAAUGUGAACAAACCUAGAACAAUGAUCUUUGAGCCAAUAAACCCUAAUCGUCAUGAAAAGAGUGAACCAACUAAAGAAAUGAUGGCUGCUUGUAAAGUACUGAAUGAUUACUUGGGAAGACCAGAAAAAAAGAAUGAGAAGAAGGUGAAAUCCAGUCUUGUGCUCAUACAACAAGAAUGGUUCAAAGUGUCCAGUCAAAAAAAUGCUAACCCUCAUGUUGUAGAAGACUACCUUGAUACUUUUGAAAGCUUCUCUAACCUUCUUUUGAGUCGCGUGGUCAACUUAACUGAUCAUAAUGGUAAUACAGCCAUGCAUUAUGCUGUUUCCCAUGGAAAUUUUGAUGUGGUUAGUGUCCUGUUAGAUUCUAAAGUUUGUGAUGUCAGCAAGCAGAAUAAGGCUGGAUACAAUUGCAUGAUGUUGGUGUCAUUGGCAGAAGUAAAAAAUGAUGCUCAUCAUGAUGUUAUUCGGCGGCUAUUUCAGCUUGGAGACAUUAACACCAAAGCAACACAGAAUGGCCAGACUGCUUUAAUGUUAGCUGUUAGCCACAAGCGUGUGGAAACUGUGAAAAUGUUAGUAGAAGUUGGAGCCGAGGUCAACUUACAAGACAAUGAUGGAUCCACUGCAUUGAUGUGUGCUGCUGAACAUGGCCAUAUGGAAUUGGUGAAGCUUCUGCUCUCUCAUCCUGAUUGUGAUCCAUACUUGACUGACAGUGAUGGCAGUACUGCUUUAUCAAUAGCAAUGGAAGCUGGACACAGAGAUGUAGGACUAUUGAUCUAUGCCAGCAUGAACUUUUCCAGAGGAAGCUCUCCAUACUCUUCACUCAAAGGAAGAAGGCGGAGCUCUGCAUCUAGCAGGUCAACACCCCCUUCACGGACUCCUCCUGUUUCUCGAACACCACCACCACCCAGCCCUGCCUGUUCAAGGAAGUCUUCUAGCUCCAUGCCAUAACUAACCAACAAUCAAGUUUUAUUGAACAAGUUUUUAAUAUUGGUGCUGGUAAUAUGUAAUGUUAAAGUGACCUUAUUGUACACAUAUUAUAGACUAUAACUAGUAUUCCUUGUUAAAGUUGACGCAGUUAAAAGACAAUUCUAUUUUCGUUUUGAAUGAAGAUUUGUUUUUUGCUUUAGGAUGAUGUUGUGUUUAAUAACCAACUGAGUGCUUGUUUUGUAGUUUAUUUUUUAUUUUAUAAGAAGGACAAUGUCUUUUUUUGCAUGUUUUGUCAUAAAAGUACUUUGAAUCUCUCUCUGAAGGAAAAUUUUAAGUAUCAUCUCUUUACAGUUACUCAGCAAAAAUAAUCUGGUUUUGGCAUUUUUAUACAUUUUUUUUUUAAAUUAAAUUGGUAAACAAACUUUGUAUUUGUCUUUUACAUUUUUUGAUUUUCACAAUUUCACAUUAGUCUUCUGUUAAAAUUGUGGCAUUAAAAAUUCCACCAUUUUAGAUAAAAAGUAGACUUGCAGAAGGCAAAUGUGGCUGUUGUGUACUUGAACUCUAUUACAGUUUGUGUUUUCUGCUCUUAGUUUUUAUCUAGUACCUAGUUAUCUUAGUAUGUAAUUGACGCUGAUGUGUUUUAAGUGCUUAGCAAUUUACUCAUCAAUGCAAAAGUAUAAUUGUGUUAAGUUACAUUUUGCUAAAGUUUUCUUGUAUUAGAAAUGGCAGUUUAUCAAGUUUAUUAUGUAUUUGUACAGAGAAAAAAAACAAUUACCAUUGAAUUCUACUGUUGAUGUCAGAUCAUUAUUUUCUUUGGAACCCCAGAAAAUAAUAACAUAAAGAAUGUUUUUAUUCUGUUGUAUAAAAAUUAUAGACUUUUAACUUUUAUACCUCCUUAAAAUAAUCACCUAUAGAAAUUGUUAAUUUUCAUUUGUAUUGCUGAACACUGACAUCAGCAAUUGAAUAAUAGCUCUAUACAGUAAGAGCCAGUAAUGACGUAGACCUUUAUUUUUACUAACAUGUCACAAAUUGGAAAAAAUCAUUUGUCUCUGGUUUUUUUUAGUGAUGACAUAAUUUGGUGCAAGCUAAAAUUUUGUUUGUCAUCAUGAAUUUUUGGAAGAAGUUUAGUUUAAUAGAU